AUGGCCUCGGGCGACACCCUCUACAUCGCCACGGACGGCUCGGAGAUGCCGGCCGAGAUCGUGGAGCUGCACGAGAUUGAGGUGGAGACCAUCCCGGUGGAGACCAUCGAGACCACGGUGGUGGGCGAGGAGGAAGAGGAGGACGACGACGACGAGGACGGCGGUGGCGGCGACCACGGCGGCGGGGGCGGCCACGGGCACGCGGGCCACCACCACCACCACCACCACCACCACCCGCCCAUGAUCGCGCUGCAGCCGCUCGUCACCGACGACCCGACCCAGGUGCACCACCACCAGGAGGUGAUCCUGGUGCAGACGCGCGAGGAGGUGGUGGGCGGCGACGACUCGGACGGGCUGCGCGCCGAGGACGGCUUCGAGGACCAGAUCCUCAUCCCGGUGCCCGCGCCGGCCGGCGGCGACGACGACUACAUCGAGCAGACGCUGGUCACCGUGGCGGCGGCCGGCAAGAGCGGCGGCGGCGGCUCGUCGUCGUCGGGCGGCGGCCGCGUCAAGAAGGGCGGCGGCAAGAAGAGCGGCAAGAAGGGCUACCUCGGCGGCGGGGCCGGGGCGGCGGGCGGCGCGGACGCGGGCAACAAGAAGUGGGAGCAGAAGCAGGUGCAGAUCAAGACCCUGGAGGGCGAAUUCUCGGUCACCAUGUGGUCCUCAGAUGAAAAAAAAGAUAUUGACCAUGAGACAGUGGUUGAAGAGCAGAUCAUUGGAGAGAACUCCCCUCCUGAUUACUCAGAGUAUAUGACAGGAAAGAAGCUUCCUCCUGGAGGGAUACCCGGCAUUGACCUCUCAGACCCCAAACAACUGGCGGAAUUUGCUAGAAUGAAGCCAAGAAAAAUUAAAGAAGAUGAUGCUCCAAGAACAAUAGCUUGCCCUCAUAAAGGCUGCACAAAGAUGUUCAGGGAUAACUCUGCCAUGAGAAAACAUCUGCACACCCACGGCCCCAGAGUCCACGUCUGUGCAGAAUGUGGCAAAGCUUUUGUUGAGAGCUCAAAACUAAAACGACACCAACUGGUUCAUACUGGAGAGAAGCCCUUUCAGUGCACGUUCGAAGGCUGCGGGAAGCGCUUUUCACUGGACUUCAAUUUGCGCACACACGUGCGCAUCCAUACCGGGGACAGGCCCUACGUGUGCCCCUUCGACGGCUGUAAUAAGAAGUUUGCUCAGUCGACUAACCUGAAAUCUCACAUCUUAACACACGCUAAGGCCAAAAACAACCAGUGAGAAGAAGAACGGAGAAGACCCUUCUCGACCCCGGGGAGCAUCUUCCAGGAGUGUGAUGGGGAAUAAAGACGCCUCUCCUUUGUAUAUUGUUUCUAGGAAAGAAUUUUAAAAAUGAAUCCUACACACCUAAGGGACAUGUUUUGAUAAAGUAGUAAAAAUUAAAAAAAAAAAAACAAACUUUAAUAAGAUGACAUGGCUACGAUGCUCUGUCUUGCUCUGUAAUCUCGUUUCAAAAACACGGUGUUUUUGUAAAGUGUGGUCCCAACAGGAGGACAAUUCAUGAACUUCGCAUCAAAAGACGAUUCUUUAUACAACAGUGCUGAAAACGGGACUUCUUUUCACAUUCUUAUAAAUACGAAGCUCACCUGUUGCUUACAAUUUUUUUAAUUUUGUAUUUUCCAAGUGUGCAUAUUGUACACUUUUUGGGGAUAUGCUUAGUAAUGCUACGUGUGAUUUUUCUGGAGGUUGAUAACUUUGCUUGCAGUAGAUUUUCUUUAAAAGAAUGGGCAGUUACAUGCAUACUUCAAAAGUAUUUUCCUGUAAAAAAAAAAAAAGUUCUAUAGGUUUUGUUUGCUAUCUUAAUUUUGGUUGUAUUCUUUGAUGUUAACACAUUUUGUAUAAUUGUAUCGUAUAGCUGUAUUGAAUCAUGUAGUACCAAAUAUUAGAUGUGAUUUAAUAGUGUUAAUCAAUUUAAACCCAUUUUAGUCACUUUUUUUUUCCCGAAAAAUACUGCCAGAUGCUGAUGUUCAGUGUACUCUCUUUGCCUGUUCAGUUACAGAAAGUGGUGCUCAGUUGUAGAAUGUAUUGUACCUUUUACCACCUGAUGUGUACAGCCCAUGUAACGGAAAGGGCAACAAUAAAACAGCAAUCCUACAGAAAGAAUACGGCAGAGAAAGCUCUGUAAGCACAGUCUUAUUUCCUUUUGUUGUCCAGAAUAAUUCCAAUUCUUGAGCCUCCCAGAAAUUGGAAGCCAAAUAAAGCAACUGAAGUUUCCUUUACUUUCGCGCUCAGCUACGGUGACUGGUGAUUGAAGCAGCACAUAGAUGUUUUGGUCCUUCCUACGCGUGCUGAGCUCUGAGAGCGAGUAGGUGACAGGCAUCCCGAGUUAAGGAACUACCUCAGAGGACCCCCAGCCGGACCCGUGGGAGAUAGGAUUUUGAUUUUAGCUCCCCCAGCAAAAGCGUGGCUGAAACAGUUGUGCCCCGGCCUGUGUGCGCGCUCCAGGUAAGCUGGCGACCAGGCGGGGCGCGAGCAGAGGGGGCAGCGGGCGCCUCUGCGGCUCGGGAAGCGCUUCCGGUUCUGGGCUGUUGGCUUGAGAGCCUUGGCUCCCCCAUCCGGUGGGGUCUUCGCACGCUGGCAGAUGCAGCAGUUGAGUGCCCAGCGGCUUAUUAACGUCACGCUUCCAGCCGGGUACCGAGUGCAGAUUGGCAGGGUGGUGCGAUGAUUAAGAAAGUUGUACUCAGUGAGUACUUGACCUCUCACGUUGUGACCUCCUAAAUGUACGAUUAUCAUUUUUGAAUUUUACUUCGAGUCCCAUAUCGGGCUCGUGAGAAUGUUUUAUAAACCGCCAAGAUGCAGCAAAAUCCCAUGUAUUCAAAAUGCAAACACACCGGGUGUCUCUGUGCUGUAGGCUUGACUCUGCGAGGUAAUUGACAAACUAGCUAAUACCUGAGAUUUAUUUACAAGAUGUCCAGGACACCAUCAGGUCCAAGAUGUAGCCCUGUCUCUUCCACCUUCUCCAUCGGUCCUGCACAGGAGGGCUGGUGACCUAAUGACAGUGACCCUGUGGCUCUCCGGAACUUUGAAGUGCCUUCUGAAUCAUAAAAUGAAAAUUUUAACUUCAGACGCUUUGUUUUAUUCGUUCAGAAUCUGUUAUCCAUUGGGUAGUUUGAUGGAAGUGAGUUAAUGAGAAGACCCCAGCUGUUCUCUGGAUAAGCCAGGCUUUGAUGUAUCUGGCAGUCAGGAGAGAGGUAAGCCCGCGGUGGAGGUCCCCUUCAGAGCCGCGCGCCCCGGCGCGCGCGCGCGCGGUUCUUUGGCCAGACCUGGGGCCGAGGCCUGUGGCGUAAAGCGCCCAUACCUUCCCUCCCCACCCUCAGGUGAGCAGUCUCUGGGUGGCCGUACCGAAUGCCACUCUGGUGGGGUGGCCGUGUUAGGAGUCUGGAGCCUCGUCCCCUCCACCCCCACCCCGCCCAGCGCCGCCACACGGGAGCCUGGUGCCCGCGCUGUCCUCAGGACUUCCGCCCGGGGGCCCACGGCAAGACAGACUUGUGUCGCGCCAGCAACCCCAAGAGCCACGCCGUGACCUACAGAGAAGCCAGGCUCCCACGUGGAGCGAGGUCCCCCCUUCCUCUGUGCCUUGAUCCUUGGGGGAUGCCUCGGUCAUCUCUUGCGCCCCUUUCGUCUCUGAGUGAACCGUCGUCGCUCCCCGGGACUCUUUGCCCGUGUGUCACCUCUCAGUCUGCAGAGUUCAUUGCCGACGGGAAUUUGAUUGGGGGUUUGAAGACCACGUAAGGUCCCAAGUUCCUCGUUGGCGGUAACCUCUGUUCCCAAUAGUGUAGGAAACGAAUCAGCGAGUGGCGGUGUUAAGGGUAGCUUGUUCUCAUUGGCUGGAACCCAAACCCGUUUUGCUUGUGGUGAGCAUUUAUAAUUUUGCUAAAGAUGUGAUAUGCUAAAAUUGGAAGUAGUGCUCUAACAGUGAGUCACUUGUCUUGAGGACUAAUCUGAUUUAUAAGUAAUACUGAUAGACCUAUUUUCGUACAUCCCAGCGGAAACAAAUGCACGUUUCUAGCGUAUAUAAUAUAAAAACUCCAGAGGAUAAGUUUACACUUUACGAGAAGUUGUUUUCUAUUUUUGGAUUUCUUAUUAUUUCCCCCCCUUUUUGGUAGUGGGGCUCAGGGGGAAGCAUAAUAUUUGUAUAAAGAACUGUCACCCCAGUGUGACCUUUAUUUUCCAAGGUGACAUUGAACUCACGCUGUUGGUUUCACAUGGUGUUUGUGUGCUGUGCCUAGAUUCAAGGCCUGAGGAUUUGAGGAAAAUCAAGAUUUCCCCCACCCCCCACCCCCCAUUCGGUUUUCAUGUGCAAGUUCUUUUAAAUGUCACUUAUUUUGCCGGAUCUGAGUGAAGUAAGGCCCUUUGACAGCCUAGUAUCUCUGUGCCUGCCAGUGUUUCCAAGCAGAGUUCUAGAUGGUGUCUUCACAGGGGAGAGUCACUUGCGUUCAGCCAGCACCCAGGGAGAUUCGCGGUCGGCCUGAGCAGCUGCGGUGCCUCGCUCUGCCCAGCCGCACUCAGCCGCUGUCACUCACCUCCGAAUGUAUGUCCGUGGCGCAGGAACCCCUGGCCCUCCCGGAGACCCGAUGACCCCGCCCGCACUCCGCACAGGCAGCGAGAACCCAUCAUUUCUUGUCUGAAUCCUCUUUUGAUUCUUAAGUUCCUUCUGUUUUCUGGACAUCUGACCACCAGCAAGAGCAAGGAUCCCAGAGGUCUGGUGUAGUGGGAGAGCGGAAGCUGUUUACAGGCGUUCCCUUCACGCCACGACCCUGCCGGGAGGCCUCCUCCUAGCCUGCCUGUCGUCGGAUGGCCGCAGACGCCCAGCCUUAGGGGGCAGGGAUACUCGCCUGACUUUGUAGCCCUUUGUCCUGGCUCCUGUUGGCAUUAGUCAAGUCCAGCGGGUGAUGGCAGCACCCAGACUUCACCCCCAAGGCGGGGGAGGAAGCCCGGGUUGCAAGCUCUGCUUCCUUGCCGCUCCGGUCACGCCCUCCACUGCCCCCUGACUUCCCGGCCUCGGCCUCCUUUGUCACCGCUCACGUUGUGCACAAGUUCCCUGCUUGCCCGAACGGUGUGAACGCAGGCCCUUCGGAGCAGCGGCGUCAGGCUCCUGGCAGUCCCUUCAAGCCGGAGAGGAUGCUGGAAGGUGCUGGAGAGGAUGUCUAAGCUGGGACCGUGCGGAGACAGACGGUGGGAGGGGGUGGGUGGCGUACUGCUGAGGCGCUUCCUCCGCUCCCCUUACAACAGCUGGAAGGGGAUGUUGGAACGAAACGUUGGCCUUAGUUAGGUCAGCAGGCAAACGGGACUCCCCGCGAGCCGGUCACCCCGCUCCGCUCCCCGUGUUUCCGACCAGCGUUGUGCGAGUCUGCAGAGGGUGAGCGGGUGCGGCGGGAUCACGUUCCAUCGAAGUCACGAUGAUUGAUUUUCCACAAAGCGGCAAGUUUGAUCCAGUUGACAGCUUUCUCGUUCCAGACAGGUGCCGCGAGAAACGGCAUCGGGAUGUCGCGGGGAGGGGGCAGGUGCCGUGCUGUAUUCUGUCUGCUGCUCUAUCUGGGGGCCACGCGGUGUCUGCGCACAUAGUGGAGGGCAAGGGGCAUCAGUACCGAACAGAGUAGCCUUGUUUCUACGACAUCCAUAACUGUUAACCAGGCUCUAGUAUCUCCGGACGGUGAUCGGUCAAGCCAUUUUCAUAGAACAAUUCUGUUUUUAUUCACUUUCUGGUAACUUCCGUAGGCCCUGACUCAAGGACUUAGCGUCGUGUCUCAUGUACAUCUUUUCUUAAAUGUUCUCUGCCAUUUCUGGAAUUGUCCUUGGUUUUUCCUUAGCUCAUAGGUCAUAGAUGCAGAAAUAUUAUAGUAUUUAAGGCAUCCGCAUCAAGCAUCAGAUGGCUUUGCAUCCAGAAAAACAUUUAACGAUAACUCCGUUUGAAGCACCACGCAUGUGUAACAUGGCUCUAUAAAAUAUAAUAAACGCAUAACGUUGUUAAGCUUUUCAA